GAAAAAUGUACUGGAACGAGUUAAAUCCUCAGAAACGCAAUAUUUUGUUUAAGUUUGACGAUUCAGACAUUAAAAAAGACAAAGACAGAAUACUGAUAAAACUUAAGACAAAUGUAUUCAAUUUCGUUAAUUUGUUUUUUUCAUCUUCCAACAUACACGGUCUGAAUCACUUAACUGACAAAAGGAGACAUUAUAUCGAAAAAUUAAUUUGGGUCAUUGCAAUAUGUUUGAGUAUCUAUGGUUCAGCAAUACUAGGUUCGUCCACUUGGAAUCGUUAUCAAGAAAAUCCAACUGUGAUAUCUAUGGAUAGAGAAUACAAGGAAUGGGCUACCGCACUUCCAGCAAUCACUUUAUGUCCUAUGAACAAGAUUGAUGACCAACUAUUUAAUGGAUUCAUACAGAAAAAAUUUUCAAACUACACUGACGAGGAGAAAGAAGAGUUAUGGACGUUUUUGAUGUUGUUGGCGAACGCCACUUACGGUACGUUUAAUGAAGUGCCUGUGUACAAUCGGAUAUCGCCGAAUGACUACUUGAAUUACGUUUUAUUGCUGAGUAGUAAAUUAUCGUACACAAUUGGUAAUAGUCACGUGGACAUAUUUUCAUCGAACGAAUUGGUGCCCAGUGUCACCGAGUUGGGCUUGUGUUAUUCGUACAACGGAUACAUUGCGCCAUACAACGAUUACAAAUAUUGGAUAAAACGCAACAUCAGUGAAUUCCCGAAAAUAGACAUUAUUUCGGGUACCCCGCUGGAUGGUGACGUUUUCGUUCAGAUAACGUCCAUGAAUUUCAGUUAUAUGGGAUUUGUGCACUCUCCUUACGAAGUGCCUGACGUGGCAUGCCGCAUUUUCCCGUCACAGCAGAAUUUUUACAAAAUUUUGGAAGUAGCUGCGUUGAGUAUAUAUAGUGCACCGGAAAUCAAAUAUCUCUCGCCCAGGCAGAGAGGCUGCCGGUUUUUGGAUGAGAGUGAUUUGGAAAUUAGUCCGGAGAUGUAUACCUACAAUAUGUGUCGGAACCAAUGUCGAAUGGACCAAGCGAGAAAACUAUGCGGAUGUGUUCCUUACUUUUACAGGCCGCUGAAAAAAUAUAAAAUAUGUGAUGUCAAAGGGAUGUAUUGUUUGGACCAACAUAAAGAAUUUCUUAUUAAACUUCGGAAUACAACAGGUGUUGAUAAAAAAGUUAACUGUGGCUGUUACCCGCCUUGUAAUGAUGUUAAUUAUAUUGUAGAAAGAGAUAACACAAUUCAAUGGUAUUUUGGAACUGAUUUAAAAUGGGGACUUAUAAAAUAUCCUCGUAUGCGUUUGAAGAGAAAUGUGCUUUUUGGUUUCACUGAUGUUUUAGUUUCGAUUGGAGGUACUGCAGGUCUAUUUUUUGGAUGUUCGGUAUUAAGUUUCUUGGAGAUAAUUUAUUUUUUCACAUUUCGUCUGGCAUUUAUGUUCUUGCACAAGAAAUAA